UCGACUAUCACUUCCGUGUUGGCGAGUCCCGACGUCACGCGGAAUGUGAAGCAGGAAACGCGGAUGUGUUGCGCUUAAUCUGCAUCUACAGACGUGUUUCGAUCCAUAUGUCAAACCCAAACCCCCUUUCAAGCUGAUCUGAUCCAAACGCAGUGCAUCGGACGCGGGUCGGACGGAACCGAGUGGAGGAAUGCCUACCGGUGUGUGUGGAUGUUGUGGUCCUCUGCGGCCACGCUACAAGCGUCUAGUGGGCAACAUUUUCCCAGAGGACCCCAAGGAUGGACUGGUGAAAUCCGAUAUGGAAAAGCUGACUUUUUAUGCAGUGUCAGCACCAGAGAAGCUGGACCGUAUCGGAGCGUACCUGGCCGAACGCCUCAGCAGAGAUGUGGUACGACAUCGCUACGGGUACGUGGUAAUAGCGAUGGAGGCGUUGGAUCAGUUGUUGAUGGCGUGUCAUUCCCAGAGUAUCAAGCCGUUUGUGGAGAGCUUCUUACACAUGGUAGCCAAACUGCUGGAAUCCAGAGAACCCGAUUUACAAGUGCUGGGAACCAACUCCUUUGUGAAGUUUGCAAACAUUGAGGAGGAUACGCCAUCUUACCAUCGCAGAUAUGACUUUUUCGUCUCUCAGUUCAGUGCCAUGUGUCACUCCACACACGAGGACCCCGAAACUCGCAGCAGGAUCCGUGUAGCAGGCAUUAAGGGUCUCCAGGGUGUCGUCAGAAAGACUGUGAAUGAUGAACUCCAGGCAAUCAUCUGGGAACCUCAACACAUGGAUAAACUCAUCCCCUCGAUGCUGUUCAACAUGCAAGAUAAUGAGGACUCCGAGAGGGCUGGAGAGGAAAAUCCGGCUUCACUGGCGGAGAGUUGCUUUCGAGAGUUGCUGGGUCGCGCUGCUUACGGCAACAUGAACAACGCCGUGCACCCUGUACUGGUGCAUUUAGACAACCAUCGUCUGUGGGACCCGAAUGAUUUUGCUGUUUCCUGUUUCAGGAUAAUCAUGUACUCAAUACAGGCCCAGCAUUCUCACCAUGUGAUCCAGCAAGUGUUGUCUCACCUUGACACCCACAGUAAGAACACCCCACGUGUGAGGGCAGGUAUCGUUCAGGUGCUGCUGGAGACGGUUGCCAUAGCAGCCAAGGGCUCCAUCGGUCAUAUUGCACAUAAUCAAAACAAUGCUUACAGGUUUCUCAGUCCUGUCUCUUCACCACCCAAUCUGUGGUUGGGUCCCACGGUCCUGGAGGUGUUUAACACCCUGCUAAAGCAUCUGCGUAUGAGUGUGGAUUUUGAGCUGGGCGACGGUUCCCGCAGGAACUCCGCGAGCAGCCUUUCCUCCACCCGCACCAAAGAGAGCGAGGAGCGGAUCGUCCAGAAUGCCAUCAUCCAAACCAUCGGUUUCUUUGGAGGAAAUCUUCCUGAUUAUCAGAGAGCUGAAGUGAUGAUGUUCAUUAUGGGGAAAGUUCCUGUUUACGGCACGCCGUGUCACACGCUGGACACCGUCAAGAUCGGGCAUCAGGGCACUAAGAGAAUCCAGGCAAUGCUGUUAAGUUCUCUCAUUAUGGUUACGUCAGGGUUUAAGUGUAAAACGAUUUGUGCUGGCCUGCCCAUGGCGUUUCUGGAGCCGUUAUGCUCUAUCUCUUUGAUGGAAGACAGUGAACUCCGGCAGCUCGUCUUGGAGAUUCUGCACAACAUCGUUGAUCGCCAUGACAACAGAGCCAAACUCAGAGGGAUCCGGAUUAUUCCUAAUGUAGCCGCUCUGAAGAUCAAGAGAGAAAAAAUCUCCAAACAGGAUGUGGUCUUCAUGAAAAAGCAUGGGCAGCAGCUAUACAGACACAUCUAUCUGGGCUGUAAGGAGGAAGAUAAUGUGCAGAAGAACUUUGAGCUGCUUUUCACAGCUCUGGCAUUGAUCACUAUUGAACUUGCCAAUGAGGAGGUGGUGAUUGAUCUCAUACGCCUGUCCAUCGCCCUGCAGGAUAUGGCCCUGGCCAAUGAGGAGAACAUGCCAAUGUUUAUUCGCUGUGGAAUCAUGGCAUUGGUCGCCGCAUACCUCAACUUCCUCAGUCAGAUGAUUGCAAAUCCCCCUUUCUGCCAACACGUGAGCAAGGUGAUUGAGAUGAGAAAUCUAGAUGCUCCGCACCUUCUGCCUGAACACGUCUUCAGAGAGAAGUGUGUGCUCCCAGACUCUUUAGACCGGGACGACGUUGGUUUGUAUUUUCAGACGGCUGAUCUGGCAGAAGCUCUGUCUGUACCUGGAUAUAACGUAGAGAGACUAGCUGUUCCGUACAUACCGCAGGUUACAGUCCUUUACACGGUAGGAAAGAUUCUGCACAGAUGCAGACAGACAUCCAGAGAUCGACUGCCCCGUAGGAAGAGUUUUGUCGACACUAUUUCUCUCCAAGUUGACAUCCUUUCCAACAGCUUGCCUGAUCAGUCUCAGCUUGCAGAGGAGAUCACGUUUGAGACCCUGAAGAAGGCCAUCGAUACCACAGGUCUGGAGGAACAGGAGAGGGAGAGGAGACGGCAGGUGAUGGAGAAGUUCCAGAAGGCUCCGUUUGAAGAGAUUGCCGCCCACUGCGAGUCCAAGGCCAACAUGCUGCACGAUCGCUUGGCUCAGAUAUUUGAACUCACCAUUCGCCCUCCCCCGAGCCCAUCGGGCACCGUGAUGGUGACGUCAGGCCACGCCCAGUACCAGUCUGUGCCAGUCUACGAAAUGAAGUUCCCUGACCUCUGCGUGUACUGAACCACGACCUUUCACCUUAACUCUAUCACACAGACUCAACCUUGAUAUGUGACCACUGACCAUUAUCACACUUUAUGUUUGGUCCUCUGACCUUAAACUCACCUGAGCCACUCAUCUUCAUUAGACACCUUUCACUAUGAACGUCACUUACAUUCCUGUCCAGCAGAAAGAAGGGGUGCAGACUGGACGGCCACUUCAUGCCUCUAUUCUACACCAGUCAGCACGCAGAGCUUUACGACCAGCUGUCCAGUCAUACACCAGCUCUGUAGAAUCAUGUGAAUCGUAUGUGUGUGGUUUUCACUUUGAUUCUUGCACUAAACGGCAGCUCCAAGAAUCAAACUGAGUCUUUUAAACACUUGAUUCUGAGUCUUUUAAACACUUGAUUCUUCAGCUUCUUAAUCUGUUGAUUCAAAGGAGUCAUUUAGAAAAUGACUCACUCUGGAUUUAUUAAGGGAACUUAAUUGCUAGCAUUAGCUUAAGGUGCUAGUUUAUGUUCAUUAACUCUCAUUUCUAAACCAUCAUCAGCAGAGAGAUUUGAACAUACGAUAGAUUUCUGCUCGCUUAAAUCUCCUAUAUAAAUGAUUAUAGUGUACAGUAUCGCACAGUAUAGUAUAGGCUAUUUUUGACAAAUAUAUAUAUAUAUAUACUUUUAGAUGAAAUGAUUGCUGAUAGUUUCAGAGUGUUAUUUGUGUUCUGUUUGCAUGGCUUAGCCAAUGUUUCACUGCAAACGUGUGUGAGUUUAGGCCUUUAUUUAUCUACAAUUAGCCUUUAACUUCAAUGUUGUGGAUGUCAACGGGGCUUUUGUUCAUCCAGAGUUCUUAGUGAUCACUAUGCUCUCCAUUUUGCCUUCACUGUAUAGAGAAACCAAAUCAUUUGCUUUUCAUCACCAAAGAGCUCCGCCCACGCACUUCCUUUAUGGCCACACAUGGCCACCAAUCAAAUCUUGAGCCAAUCAGAAACUGAAUUCUCUUUGAGGGCGGGAACACCACAGUGUUCUUGAACUCAAACAGUUUCUAGCCGAAAAAUGAUGGAUUAUCAGUGAUAAAAUGAUCUGCAUUCAUCAACCAGCUGUUUUUUUUAUCGAGCCACAAGGACGUUGAAAUGCUUUUCUGCUUUUCAGGUGACUUCAUUCAUCUACCUUGGACAAAAAAAAAAUGUGUGUGACUGUUAGAUGCUGAAAUACUUUGCUGGAAAUGUUUCACAUCAUCUGAGCUUCCUGUGGUGAGAGCUGUGAUCAAUUUCAGUUGCUUUUAGCUGGUAGAAACGUGUCUGUGCGGGACCAUUUAGGACAUUUUGGUUGAUUCUGAGGUGCUUUUCAUGGUUUCUGGGGGUUUGUUGUCAUACGAUUGCCUUGUCUUUGUUUUCUGAAUGUAUUUAUGUGGAUGGAACGGCAAGUGAGCGAACGGGUGUUUAUUCUGCAGAUUUGUAUGCUGAUUAUGGAUUCUGUAAUGAUGAUGCAAUGCUGUUGCCAUUUUUUUGGCCUGAGAAAUGUUUCAAUGGUCCGACUGUUUGUGUCCAGAGACUUGCACUGCAUUGUGGGAUUUGUACACACAGAAGAUAAUGAAUGAAAGCAUUUAAAGGUCAAACCUCAGAGAUGGCUUGUUCUAAAUACUCAAUAGGAUCGAUUUCAUGUCUCCUAUAUUUUCCAUAAAAUCUGAGUUGAUGGCUACAAGAUGGCAGAUUUACUGCCUUGUUUCUGAUCUGUCUAGUCUAUUAAAGAAAGUCUGAAGUGUUAAAGGAAGGAUUUCAGUGACAAAAUGUUAGUGGACACUAGGAAAUAGUCAGUAGUUGACCUUUGGCUGUUGUGUAUUUCUCUCAGUAACUUGCUGCAUUUCAAUAGAAGUUGCUUUGCGAUAAUAGCCGUAAAAACUGUGAUGAAAUCAGGCACAUUAUUUCUUUAGAAAUAUAAAAUCAUAAAUAAUUUCUAGAUUAAUGUAAUAUAUUUUUGGUGUAAUAUAAAAUAGGAAUGUGUUGUUUCUCUGACACAUCAUCUGUAAUGCACCUUUAGAGAUUUGUGUGUGUGCAUGUCAAAGGGAUUCAAAGGGGUUGUUUUUACAUCAAUGAAGGGAAAUCUUGUUAAGGGUCUUAACUGUAACUGCUAAUAUAAUUUUUAGUGUAAUUCACAAUAUAGGUUUUAUUUUCAUCCUCAGUGGAACUUUACGGUACUUUAGUAUUUAUCACAUGGUUUGUCUGAACUGAUCUUUAGUUCGGUUUUAUCUGUAACUUGACUGUUUUUUUUUUAUUAUUUUUGUUCUGUUUUAUGGGUGAGAAGUAAAGAAUAAGAUGAGUUAGGUUUCAGGUUGAUGGUGAUGUGUCAAUAUGAACAGAAAUGGUUUUGCAGUCUUCCGUGUGAAGAUAGUCCAGAGGAUAGGCAUAUGUCUACAUGCAUCACGCUAGAUUUGAAAUGUGUAAUGGUAUGAACCACUGCAGUGUUGCUACAGAUAAUAAAAAGUUAUCAUGAAAUCUCCAGGUGUCAAUUAGCCAUAUCCAGGUUCGCGGUCUGACAGUGUCUGCCACAUUAAUGUGCAAUGAGAUUUUAUGGACGAGAUCUUAAAAGUCUUAAUAAAUAUUUUGUAUUUAAAUAAUGUUUCUGUUGUUUUUUGUAAAUUCUCAUUACUGUAAUACAGUAAAGAAAAGUUAUUGUUGACCACAACUAAACAAUGUCAAUUAAAUAUCAG